AUGGCCGCCAGGAGCCCCCUGGCGACAGAGCUCGUGUGCGGCGUGUGCCAGGAGGAUCUGCUGGGCGGUGGACGCGACCUGGGAGAGAUCAGCUCGUUCUGCUUCCCCUGCAUUAGCAAGUGGGCUGAGAUAGAGAACAGCUGCCCCUUCUGCAAGCAGCGGUUUGCGCAGCUGCGGCGCAAGCGCCUGGCGCCGCGCUCCGUGCUGCUGGCGGGCGGCGGGCUGGACCCCGCCGGCGAGCUGCCGGGCACCUACGUGGAUUGCCAGCAGCGGGUCGUGUUUGAGGACCCCACUUUCCAGCAGUGGGUGGAGGAGCUGGCGUGCCUGGCCUGCGGCGGCGGCGACGACGAGGAGCAGCUGCUGCUGUGCGACGAGUGCGACCGCGCGUGCCACACUUACUGCGCCGGGCUGGCAGGCAUCCCAGAGGGAGAGUGGUUUUGCCCCAGCUGCUCGGAGCGGCGCGCCCGGCGCCACGCCCAGCGCCAGCGCCAGCAGCAGCAGGCAGCGCGAGGCAGGGCGCGGCGGCAGCCGGCGGCGGACUCGCCUGCCGGCCAGCGCCGGCGGCAGCGGAGGCAGGAGCAGGAGGUGCUGGACCUCUCCUCAGACCCGGAAGAUCUGGAAGACGGCAGCGAGGAAGAGGCGGCGCCUGCCGCCGCGCGCCGACGCCCAGCGCGGCAGCGACGCGCCGCCGGCGCCGCCGCGCCCAGGCGGCAGCGCGGCCCGGCGGCGGCGCCCGGCGGCGGCGACGAGGACCUCUCUGAUUUCAUUGUGCAGGACGAUUCGGAGGAGGAGGAGGGGGAGUGGCAGAGCUCGGGAGCCAGGCCCGGCGCCGGCGUGGGCGCGGGGCGACGGCGCCGCCCGCGGCGCGGCCGCCGCCAGGCGCGGCAGUCUGCCUCCGCAGGCUCCGACCAGUCCACUCACGAGCGCUUCGGGGAGGGGGAGACAGGCAAGGGCGGUGUGGUGGUGGCGGGGCAGGGUGUUGUGGCGGCGGUGGGGCAGGAGCCGGAGGCAGGCACGAGUGACAGCGGCAGCAGCGAGGCUGGCAGCCAGGAGGAAGAGGAUGAGGAGGAAGACCCUCGGCCGCUGCUGGCCCGCCUGCAGAGCCGUGCCGCCAGCCGCAGGGCCCAGCAGCGGCGCAGCGAGGCCGGCGGGCGGCCCCGCCGCGCCGCCGGCAGGCAGCAGCGGCGGGGAGGCGCCCUGCCGGGCGCAGAUGCGGAGCCCACGCAGGCCCACAGGAAUGUGUCGGCAUUGGCCCAAAGCUGGGACGACCUGCGCCGCGGCAGCACCACCUUUGCCGCUGUCCGCCGCUCGGCCUCAGCGGGCGGCGGCGGCGGCGGCGCGGCGGCGCAGCCUGGCCAGCUGCAGCGGCGGCGCCUGGUUCGGGCCGGCGCGGCGGCAGCGGCGGCUGGCGGCGGCAGCGCUGGUGGCAGCAGAGCGGCUCCCCGUGGGGGUGAGGCUGUGACCAGGGAGGGCUUGGAACUGGUGGAUCUUCUUUCCAGCCCCAGCCCGCUCGUCCCUGGCGGCCGACGGCCAGCAGGGGCCGCCUCAGACGCUGCUGCCGCGGCAGCAGACGAGCAGCUGGCCUGGCAGGUGCUGGAUGAAGCGAUGGGCGGCGACCCGCAGCAGCAGCAGCAGCAGCAGCAGCGGCAGCGGCGGCGGUCGGGGAGCGACAGGCAGCGUGCGGCGUCGCCAGGCACAGAAGACGAAUGGGAGCUGCCGCUAGCAGUGCGGCUGUCCAGGCAGAUUGCUGCGGCCAGGCAGAUUGGCUCCCGCCUGGUGCCCCGCCGGCCGCAGCCAGGCGGCGGCGACGGCGGCUCGCUGCCUCCGCCGCCAAGCUCCGCGCAGCGAACCGUGGCCGACAUGCGGCUGAUGGCGGCGGCGGCCCGGGGCACGCCCGACGGCAGCGGGCGGCGCCACGGCGGGGGCCCGGGCGGAGGCAGCGCAGCCCGCCCGCUCACCAUACCGCGCAUCCGACCCCUGGAGGGCUUUGGGGGCGGUGGGGCAGGCUCCCCGCAGCGCCAGCACCAGCACCAACAGCGGGGCGCAGCAGCGGGUAGCGGGCCCUUUGCUCGCUUUGAGAUGCGGAGCGGCGGCGGCGUUGGUGACAGGCCGUGGCAGGCGCAGCCUGGUGGCGGCAGCACCGACCCUCGCCUGGACUUCCAGCAUCAGCAGCAGCAGCAGCAGCAAAGUCACGGCGCCUAUGCAGGGCGUGGUGGCAUGCAGCCGGGCAGGGGGCACACCAGCCCUCAGCCCAACUCAAUUUGGCCGCCGCCACCUGCGCUGCCGCCGCCGCCACACCCGCAGCAGCAGCAGCCCGCCUGGCAGGCACACCAGCCCUGGCAGCGGCACUCGCCUGGCAGCGGCGGGUGGCAGCAGCAGCAGCAGCAGCUGGUGCAGCAGCGGGCCGGUGGUGGAAGCGGCGCCGGCUUUGGCCCGAGCCCACCUCCCACCUUCACCAACACAGCCAUGCAGCACCAGCAGCACCAGCACAGCCGUGCAGCAGCCGACAGCGGCACUCCGGCUGUCAGCCUCGCCGCAGGGUCGGCACCGGCCCGGGCGCCCGCUCCAGCCCUGGCAGAGGCGCGACGAGGUGGUGUGGCGUCGCCCGAUGCGCCUGCCUCGGCGGCCGGCCGCCGUCGCCAGCAGCAGCUGCUGAGCAAGCAGCAGAUUCUGGACUUGGUGAAGCCGCUGCUGAAGCGGCGGCUGGCAGAGGGGCUCCUCCACCGUGCCAGCUACAAGCUGGCCGCCAAGGCGGCGACCAGCUCGCUGUUUGAGCGCCAGCUCGCCACGCAGCGCCCCUUUGCUGGGGGAGCAGACGGCGAGGAGGCGGUGCAGCAGGCGGUGCAGGGAGUGCUGGACAGCGGGCUGCACUAA